AGCUAUCUUUUUGAAGGCGAUAGUUCACAGUGCUUAUUCUAUAGAUACUUGAAAGGCCAACUCAUGUUUCCACUCUAUUUUCAUUACGAAGAUGUAUCACGUCAGGAUCCGUUGCUCAAACUGAAUCACGCCAACGUUAUGGAAGUUCCUGGAUUGUGUAAAAUAAGAGUAGUACCAAAGGCAGCACCUUCUAUCAAAAAUGGAAAAUUGGCUAUGGAGAUUCCGUGCGGUCAGAAAUUCAUACAGACAGAAAGGUCUUCGACAGGAAAGUCAUUUCGAUCCAAUCCAGGGUCAAAUAAAGAGAAAAAACGAAAAAAAGGAUAUGUCAGUGACCUAGCGCGACAAAGCACUCUCCGAGGGCAUGGAAUGUCUAAUUUUUUAGUCAGAAUCUCCACAGUAAUGUCUCUAUUAGAUUCUCCGGUCGAAAUACGGGAAAACUCUAUUCAAUUCUCGAUGGAAACGGAGUUUUGCGAAUUCUCCCCAGAACUGGAAGAUCAUUUCGAGAUCUUCGAACAUAUUCGAGGGUUCAAUGUGACUAUUGUCACUUCGUCCAACACACAAGAUGAGACUUUACCACCGUGGAGCGGCUUUUUGCAAAAAGAUGAGGGUUUUAACAUUAGAGAUCGAAUUCGAUGUCGGAGAAGCGAAAUAUACGAGAUCACAAACGUAGAUUGCUCGCGGCUAAAUAUGAAUUGA